CGGAACUUACCGCUGUGUAAGGCGGCACAGACCCGGAAGUGACUUUAACGUUGUGGAAACGUGAGGCGCCUGUGUGCAGCUGCUCUCAUUUCACCGAAGACAGUUGAAACGCCGAAACCCACUAAAACAUGAGUUUGUUAAACAAGCCCAAAUCUGAGAUGACUCCAGAGGAGCUCCAGAAGCGCGAGGAGGAAGAGUUUAACACCGGUCCGCUCUCAGUGCUCACCCAGUCUGUAAAGAACAACACACAGGUUCUCAUCAACUGCCGCAACAAUAAGAAGCUGCUGGGCAGAGUCAAAGCGUUCGACAGACACUGUAACAUGGUAUUAGAGAACGUCAAAGAAAUGUGGACUGAGGUGCCCAAGAGCGGCAAGGGCAAGAAGAAGUCAAAGCCGGUGAACAAGGAUCGAUACAUCUCCAAGAUGUUCCUGAGAGGCGAUUCGGUGAUCGUGGUGCUGAGGAACCCGCUCAUCACUGGGAAAUAAAGCUGACGUGUACCACGUCUCCCGGACACUCAUACAGCUCAGCUCUCAUCGACCGCGUUUGAGCGAAUGAAGUGUUUUGCGCUCGAGGAACAGUACAGAUUGCCUUGCGCUGCAAUAAUUGUACCCCGAUGGUAAAUGUUUAGUAUGGUUUUGAGAUUGUCUGGUCAAAGAAAAGAUGCCGUUUUUUUUUUGUAAUUGUAUAAAAAUGCUUUUUUUCUAAAUAAACAUUUGGAUAUUCAAA